AGGAAGAAUCUAGGAGACAGAGCUAGCUGAUUAAUUUUGUUCGAAAGAUGCAACUUUUUAAUAGCUGUUGUGGUAAAGGAUUUGAUGGGAAGAAGAAAGAAAAGGAAGAGCCAUCUUGGAGGGUAUUUUCAUUGAAGGAACUUCAUGCGGCCACUAACAGUUUCAAUUACGAUAACAAACUCGGUGAAGGUCGAUUCGGUAGUGUCUAUUGGGGUCAGCUAUGGGAUGGAUCACAAAUUGCAGUCAAGAGAUUGAAGGCAUGGAGUAAUAGAGAAGAGAUUGAUUUUGCUGUGGAAGUCGAGAUUCUUGCUCGUAUUCGUCACAAGAAUUUGUUGAGUGUUCGUGGCUACUGUGCGGAAGGCCAAGAACGUCUUCUUGUGUACGAGUACAUGCCGAAUUUGAGCUUGGUUUCGCAUCUUUAUGGCCAGCAUUCAGCUGAAUGCCUUUUAGAUUGGACCAAGCGAAUGAAGAUCGCCAUAAGCUCUGCUCAGGCUAUUGCCUACCUACACAACCACGCAACCCCACAUAUAGUCCAUGGAGAUGUGAGAGCUAGCAAUGUGUUAUUAGAUUCUGAAUUUGAAGCUCGGGUUACAGAUUUUGGAUACGGUAAGCUGAUGCCAGAUGAUACUGGAGAUGGAGCUACCAGAGCCAAAAGUAAUAAUGGAUAUAUCUCACCAGAAUGUGUUGCAUCAGGAAAAGAAUCAGAAACGAGCGAUGUGUACAGUUUCGGUAUCCUUUUGCUGGUACUGGUUAGUGGCAAGAGACCACUCGAAAGGCUAAACCCAACAACAACGCGGGGUAUAACCGAGUGGGGUUUACCACUUGUUUACGAAAGAAAGUUUGGUGAAAUCGUUGAUAAGAGGCUGAGCGAGGAGCAUGUGGAAGAGAAGCUGAAGAAAGUAGUCUUUGUGGGGCUUAUGUGUGCUCAGACAGAUCCAGAAAAAAGACCAACAAUGUCUGAAGUGGUGGAGAUGCUGGUGAAUGAAUCAAAGGAGAAAAUGUCUGAACUUGAAGCCAAUCCGCUCUUCAAGAAUCCAUAUAGCAGCAACGAAAACAAUAGAGAGCAGGUUGCAGAGGAAAGCUCAGAUGUGAUCUCUAAAGAGAAAGAUAAUCAACAACAACAAGAAUAGGAAUGGUUAGGAACAGGAAUUCGUUUCACAGAUUAGGUUUUAGAGGUCUUGCUUAUUUUUUUGGUGUGUUUCUUGGUUUAUAAUAUUGAUUUGAUCAUUACUGAUAUUGGAGUUUGUAAGUUGUGG